CAGUUGAUAAAGAAAACCCGCCUUUGAAUAUUGUGCAGACGAUAUCGCGUGCGGCCUACAAUACCCGACGUCGUUUCCGUCAAUCGGUGCUCGUUUUCUGUGUAGUUAACUGGGACUGUGUGCUUUCGUAGUGCGUGACGUUUAAAAUUUUUUUCACCCCGAACGUAAAAAUAGAUACUAAUCGUUGUGUAAGUUUUCUGUUGUCGAUGAUUUUAGUGUGUUCGCGAUAAUAUUAUUUUUAGUUGCUUAAACGGAACCGACAUAACUGAGAGCCGGUCCGCGAUUUUCGCAUCCCUCGGAUGAACAACAGCCAUCACACCCUCUGCAAACGUGGCCGAUUAAAUUACAAACUUUAAGGUACCGCCGGUCUACCUACGUCAGAGUUCGUUUAAAAAACAACAAUUGACUUUACUGCUUAUACUGCUGUUAGUCACAAUAACAAUAAUGGUCUUUUAUUUUGUCGUCGGGAAUACUUCCCUGUUGGUUUUCAGCGCUGUCGUAAACGAUUGUCCGAUGGUAGCCUUGUAUUUGAUAAUUAUAAUUUCAUAUUAUUGCAAUUGGUUUUGGCGGCGUAUUCAUGACUAUGAACCAAAUGUUUUUGGGAAACACUUGGGAACAAAAAUGGGAUUAAAAAGAACCUAUUGGAACAAAAUCGAAGCCGCAUACUGUUUAAUUGCCACUUGCGUUUGUGCGUUGGCCAAACUCAUAUCCAAUUUCAUUCACAUUUCAAAUAAACCGCCAGAAAAUCUCACAUUACCUCACGAUAUUCAGCGGAACAAAAACAAGACUGUCGCAGACAUCCCAGGACCAAGGACUUUGCCAAUUUUCGGAACCCGAUGGAUCUAUUGGAAGUUUGGGUUUUACAAACUGAACGCCGUUCAUUUGGCGUAUAAAGACAUGUUCGCGCGGUAUGGAAAAAUUAUUCGUGAAGAAGCCUUAUGGAACAUUCCUGUAAUAAGUGUUAUGGACAGAGAUUUCAUUGAACGAGUACUCAGGCACAGUGGUAAAUACCCGAUCCGACCUCCAAAUGAAGUAACUGCAAACUAUAGAAAAUCUAGACCCGACAGAUACACAAACCUUGGACUAGUCAAUGAGCAGGGCGAGACAUGGGCAGUAUUGAGGAAUAAAUUAACUCCAGAACUAACAAGCCCGAGAACGAUACGAAGGUUUUUACCAGAAGUCAAUCAGCUUGCAGACGAUUUUAACACGUUAAUUGCACAAGCUAGAGAUAGCGAAGGCGUUGUUAAAGGUUUCGAAUUAUAUUGUAAUCGGAUGGGCCUUGAAAGUACAUGCACCUUAAUAUUAGGUAGAAGAUUCGGAUUCUUAGACGAAGAAAUAAACGAAAUGGCUACUAAACUUGCAGACUCUGUAACAAAUCAGUUCAGGGCAUCACAAGAAGCGUUUUAUGGUCUGCCCUUAUGGAAGCUAUUUCCAACAAAAUCUUAUAAAGACUUCAUAACGAGUGAAGACGCCAUUUACGAUAUCGUGUCAGAUAUUGUGGACUCAGCACUGAAUGACGAAUUACAGUCUUGCACAGACGUACGCAGUGUAUUUGUCUCCAUACUACAAGCAUCUGAAUUGGACAAUAGAGACAAAAAAGCAGCAAUUAUCGAUUACAUCGCUGCUGGAAUUAAGACUCUAGGAAACACGUUAGUUUUUUUAUUAUAUUUGGUUGCCAAACAUCCCGAUGUCCAAGAAAAAAUAUAUGAAGAAGUAUCAAAACUCGCGCCGGCGGAUACCCCAAUAACUGCUGAACAUUUGCAUAAUGCUCCCUACUUGCACGCUUGCAUUUCAGAGGCACAUAGACUAUUACCCACAGCGCCCUGCAUUGCAAGAGUGUUAGAGACAGCAUUUGAGUAUGACGAUUAUCGGCUACCUUCCGGGACGGUUGUUUUGCUUCAUACGUGGUUGGCGUGCUUGGACGAAAACAACUUCAAUGAUGCGUCUUCUUUUAAACCAGAAAGGUGGUUGGAUGAACUAACGAAAAAAUCACCAUUUUUAGUUGUUCCGUUUGGAUGCGGCAAACGAAUGUGUCCAGGAAAACGGUUCGUUGAACUGGAACUCCAAGUCGUCUUAGCUAAGAUGGUUAAACAAUUUCACAUCGACUUCAAGGGACAACUUAACACUGAAUUUGAAUUCCUAUUGACCCCUAGUGAUGCAGAUUUAAUCUUAAAGGACAGAAGUUGUUGAAACAUAUAUCAAUAUCAUCCUCUGUCUUCGUUUAUGACUGAUAUGUUUUGGUUGUAAAUAGCUUAAAUAUUGCAUUUAUAUACCGUGUUAUUUCGAUGUUAAUAUCAUAAUAGUUUAUUUAAAACGCCAAAAUAAUUAAACAUUUGUUAUUUGUGAUCUUAGGUUAUAACUAAAUCUUUACUGAUAUUGUGUUUUAGGUAAACAUUUAUGACUAUUGUCAUUAUUAUUUAUUUUGUUAUUUAACUUUGUAUAAUAAUAUAUCAUAGUCUUCGUAAAAUUUUUUUGUUUCGUCGUUACCUUUUAUAUAAUAUACAUAUUGUAUUAUUCAUACCGAUUUCUUUUCUUUUUU